UGCUUUGAGAUUAAACUCCCGCAGCCAACGCAAACAAAGAGAGAAAAAACGAUCGGAAAGGGAACGGCCCCGGCAGAAUCGUGCCGCAAGCCAGCGCUGACGCCGCCUUCCGCCGUCCGGCGACCGCCGUCCGCGAAACGAAGUCGCGUCAUCUUCAAGCUUCAUCGCCGGCAUCGCCAAUUUCUCGCCCGAAGCCUGCUUCGCCGCCGCUCUCCACCCGGACGCAAGACCCAGCGCCGCCGCCGGCAUCACCGGAUCGAAGAGCAAAACGCGAAACGAAGCCCAAAAACGGAGAUACAACAGGUAAUAUCUUAUAUCUUCAAGCUGAAAUUCUUGAUUGAUUGUUGAAGAGGAAGUCUCAAUGGGUUUGUUGAGUAAAACUGAAGUUAAUUUGAGGAGACUAUUAGCAACUGCGCCACAACAACAAAAUCAAGCAAAGCUCAUACAUUAUGUUGCCACAUUGCGAGAACAAUUGGAGCAGUUGGCUGAAGAAAGGACUCCAGAAGGACUGCCCAGGGUUUCCAAAGCCAAGGUGAACGAAUAUUCAGAGAAAAUCGAAGCUAUUGCUGCUAAAGUGGCUGUCACUGUGGAGGAACCUCAGAGGCCUCUUGCUGACGUAUACAGUGCUGAAACUUGUAAAGCAGAGGGAGAAAGUGCACCACAUUCUCCUACUGGAGGAUUGAGAAGAAGAUUUGCGCCACCAUCAAAUGCUAAGGAUACAUCUCAUGAGAAGGUGGGCGCUGACCAAUCUGCUCCCGUCAAACUAGAUGAUGCUGCAUGGACGCAUAUUGAUAAGCACAGGAAACUUCAGGAGAGCUUGACAGAUGAAAUGGUUGUCUUGGCACGACAGCUGAAAGAGAGUAGUCUCAUGAUGAGUCAAUCCGUAAAAAACACUGAAAAAAUACUUGACUCGACCGAAAAAGCAGUUGAGCAUAGCUUGGCAAGUACAGGGCAUGCUAGUAGUCGUGCCAUGGAAGUUUAUUCACAGAGUUUCAAGACGACAUGCUUCACAUGGCUCUUGAUUUUCGCUAUGACAUGCAUUUUUAUCAUGGUCGUACUUCUCAUACGUGUCACAUAGCAUAGCAUCAUGCUUCAUCAUAAGUCUCAACGUCGUUGCCAUGCCACCUACUUCAACUUGUGAUUUUACACACCUGAAAACCUCUGGAAGUUGUAUGUGUGUUUUAUAUGGUGAGUUGGUAGAAAUUUGUAUUGUCGGCAACAUCACAGGAAAUACCAGAAUAGUAGUAACACAAGGCAGGCUAUAAUAAGAUUGGAAGAAUUGAUUUUGUUGCAGUAGUACGUACGUUUGGAAUCAAUCCAUAUAUUGCUAUUUCAUAUGAUA